AUGGGCACGCAGACUUCGGCCGGCGGCUUCGGGGGGAAGACCAUGCUUGGGAUUGGGGAUUUUAGGGGGAAGAUUUUGAGGGAUUUUGAGUCAGGAGCGGUCAGGGGGCCAGAGGGAAGGGCGUGCGCGGGGCGCACACCAGCACAAAUGAAAUGCGGCAUUUUUGCUAUUGGCCCGCGGAAAGAAAUUGUGACGAUGGCAGUCAGCCUUGGUGGCUCAAAGGGCGAUGCAACCCACAUCGCUCAGGCCCAGCAAGCACUCCGGCCAUCCCAACACGCUCGAUCGGCUGCCGCCUCCUCCGUCUGCGCACGCAAUCCCACCGAUAGAAGGGGUUUCAAGACCAAGCCGACGAAAGGCACACGUGCAGAAAAACGGGGGUGCGGACGCCCCGGAAGCCUCGAUCCCAGAGUCAAGCGGGGUAGCAUCGCGAAGGGGCGACGUGGUGGCUCAGAGGCCAACCAGGCGGUAUCAGAACAGCGGCUCGACGACUCCGCGGGCGCAGGAUCCAAGACGGGUGAGGGCCGGAUAAGACGGCACCAUCCCUGGCAGGGGGGGAACGGAGAAGGGGGCAGUGCACGCGAGCGCGAGCGCCAGAGCCAGAGCCAGAGCGAGGGCGAGAGAGAAAGAGAAAUGAAGAAGGAAGGAAGGAGGGAGUGUUUGGUCGUUGCGAGGGGCGCGAGAUGGGUUUUUAUAGAUCGCGGCGUCCGUUGA